GGAUCACAUCAAUGCCACCCGAGUCGUAUAAAUACUGAGAGACAAGCUCAGUCAGUCUCAUAGACGUCACAGAUCAGGAUCACUGAGGUGUCCUUUCUUUCUGGUCAUCAUGAGGGUCUUUGCUGUAAUCCUUGCACUGGCAGUUUUGUCAGGCUGCCAUGCAAGAAGUGUGCCAGACUACCACUGGAAGGACACCUGGGAGGACUCCGUUGACAGGUUUAAGGAUUAUUUCACAGAUCUGAGCACAAGGACAGAUGAGAUCGUGAAGAACAUCAAGAGCUCCGAGAUCAGCAGGGAACUAGACACCCUGAUUCAGGACAGCAUGUCUGAGCUGGCCAUGUACAGGGACGACCUGAAGACCAAGCUGGCUCCCUACACUCAGGAGGCUGCUGAUCGUCUGGGCCAAGACCUGCAGCAGCUGGGCGAUAAACUCCGCGAUCACAUGGCUGAGGCCCGGGAGCAGAUGGAGAAGUACACCCAGGAGCUGCAGACCAUGAUGGAGCAGAAUGUUGAUGACGUCAGGGCCAGGGUCUCCGCCUACACCCGCAAGAUGAAGAAACGCCUCAGCAAGGACACACAGGAGAUCAAGAGACAUGCUGCUGACUACUUUGAGAUGCUCCAGACCCGUACCUCAAACAACAUGGAGGAGAUGAGGACACGUUUUGAUCCUUAUUUUGCUCAGGUGCGUGACAAUGCACAGGCGAAGAUCACCACUCUGAAUGACCUGCUGAAGACCCAGGUGGACAACAUGAAGGAAAAGAUUCAGACCACAGCUGAAGACAUCAAGGUGCGUUUCGACAAUACGGCUCAAGGCGUGCGAUCCACCCUGGAGGAGAAGAUGGAGGAGGUGCGCAUCUGGUUUCAGCCUUUUGUCUCCAUGAUUAGGGAGAACCUGUAAACCCUGUCAUCAAACAGCCUGGACUGACAGUUCAUCCACCAGUUUCAGCAUGAAAAAUCACCUGUAAAAAGUUUGAAAGGACUGAUAAAUCAAAGGCUCUCAGUCAUGAAAAUGGAAGUUUUUCUUUUGUCACAAAUGUCCACCACAGUCUGUAUGUGUCUCUCUAUCACUUAAAGCUAUUCAAUAAAAAAAAGCUGCUAACACAA